GACAGUUACGGCAGUUUCAUGAGUGCCCUGCGCGUGGCCGUGGCGUUGGCGGUGACCACCCCAGUGCUGUCAACCGUCAUUGGGGGGUCUGAACCUACUCGAUGCACGUCGUGCUGGCAGCUCACACAUUGCACGGCCCUCAAUGGCCUCAGCUUGCCCGAUCCAAUAGUUGGGUAUACUCGAAAUGCGACGUCGCAGCUGGAGAAGCAAGGGGUGUGUGAAGACAUUGAUCACGCUGUGACGUUGCUGACUGUGUUUGGCGGCAAGUACCAGUAUAAAGACACCUCUGCGUGCCGUGAAUUGGUGUACACGCUGAACUGUUUGACGUGGGCGUCCCAGGAUAAUGCGUGCUUGAACGCUCCCAUGCCGCCCUGUCGGUCGCUGUGCGUCCAAGUGGCCGACCAGUGUGUCUUUAUGCACUCGUACAAGUUGUUUUUAACUCAAGUGUGCUCGGCCAUUCCAUGCACGGACAAACCCACGGGCACCUGCGUUCCAGGACAAAACGAGCUUAACCCAGGGUUUAACCGAUGCACCGUCCACGACGAUUACUUGACGCUGCCGCUGUCGAAGGGACCUUCCUGGCUGCAUACAUUUCCAAGUACGGUUUAUUGUUGUUGUUCGUGUUUCCAUUACUGAAUUUCGUCAUCGUUUUGUGCUUGUUGGUGUGUGUAGCCUUCGUGGCGGGGCUGGCGCUGCUAUGCCUGGUAAUAUAGAUGUAAUAAUCACAGCUUGACCAUAUAUUGACGGCUACUGUGAAGUGUCAUACAGUGGAAUUCUAAGUCGAUACCUGCAACCUUUGUCUUAAUCGCGUUGGCCUAUCGUGGCCACUACUUAAAAUUGGAACACUGUGUUCCAAUUUAAGUGACAUAGUGACAUUGGGUGCAGCCAGCGUUGACCACAGCCCUUCGCACUAACGUCACUAAAGUUAGGUUGAAAGACUCUUGACUCAUGAAGAAUUGAGACCUGUACAACAUGAAAAUGCACUAACGAUGGUUUGAGCUUACUGUUCUACAGCGUGCAAGCACUACGUGCCACGGUUGUCGUCGUCGCCGCCCUCAGCAAUCGCAUGGCUCAAAUCGGGACAAUCGAUCGUUCGAUGGGAUUUGCUACUACAACAGUGACACCCGCUGAACUUGGGCGAGAGUACGACGGGUUUGUUGGACGUUGUGUCGAGGCGCUUGGGAUGGUCAUGCGCAAGGGCACCUCCACGCAAGGCCUUGUCAAGGCUAUGAGACCAAUUGGUAGCUUUGGCCGGCAAUGCAACGUGUUCUUGUUGAUUCAUGUGGAUUGCAUAGGUUAUGGCAAAGACAAUUGAAA